AUGCCCUCCAGCCUCCGCCGUACAACAAAAGCCGAAUCACACCCGGGGUCAGUCAACAUGUUGGACCGAAGCGAACUCAAGAUGCUAACGCAGAUUCUGCAUCUAGACAACACGGACCUGAAGAAGAUAGCGUCUAGACCGCAAAUAGAGAAACUGAUCCAGAAUCUACCAAAGCGUCUCCGCCGACCUAGGCCUCUAUCGCUUAGUUUCAAACAGCCUCCUAGCACAUUUUGUGAUUUGCAUCUGCCUCUCAACGCGGGGCUGAUCUCCCUUAUAUUUUUAUUUGUGCAAAUAGAGGUCACGCAGCACUUUAUUCUGUUUGAGAAAUUCCCUGAACUUUGUCAUCCUGUGGAAGAGGAGAUUUUGAUUCGUCUACGGGCGCUGCGAGGCAUGUGGAUUAAACCCGGCCAGGAAUCCCGGAUCUUCAUACCCAAUGGGUGGAGCUAUCAGAUUGAUGGCUGUAGGGCUUGCAUGUUGGCGCGUGUUGCGUCAGAUAUGGAGGCAGUGCGCAAUUUGCGCGUGGUGAUUCUAAGUCGGACUCGGACGCGGCGAAAACACCGAGCCCGCACGCUCAUGGCUUUUGUUAAUGAGUGUAUUAAUCAGUUCCCUGGUGAUCAGACGGAGGAGAUUUAUACGACGUCGAGUCAACUGGCAUUUGGUAUGAAGGCUGCUCGUAAAGCUUGCACGAGAGCUGAGUUCCAAAGACGCGGGUAUGGAAACCGUCGUGGUUCUAAGAUCAAGCAUCACGAGGGACCUAGUGAGAAGGAAGAAUUGGAUCAGAGUCACCAGGGGAUUUUGUUCCCUAGAAUGGCUUCUUUGUUGCAAAUUCCCGAGCAUGGGGCUGCCCCGACGCCAUCUGCCAGUCGUCACUCUCACCAUAGUAUGGCAAAGGAGAAGAAGGGCUUCACACCAGAGAAUAAUAAUGCGGAAAAUGCGAAAAUUGGACCCGAUGCAGUUGAUGAGCUUAUGGAAAUGUACAGGAAUAUUGGAGAAAAGAAGCCCUUCUCUCGCGACACACUCGUUCGGUCAGCGAUGGUUGCGCCUCUCGACCUUGGGACGAAGAAUGAUAAGACUAUCAACGAGCUUGCUGAAAUGGACGAUCAAUACGAUCGGUUGAGCUUGAUUCCUAACAGGCCGCCACAUCGUGUUCCAGGGCCAGGUGUUACUAGUAACAGAUCUGGCAGGCAUGUGCCUGUGAUAUACCAGUCCUCACCCUCAAAUCAUGCCAGGACAGACUAUCACGUGGAUUCUAGCAGUGACUGGAUGGAUGAUGCUUGCACAGCUUCGGACGGAAAUGAGACCGAGGAUUCAAACUCUGGAUUUCGGGAGAAGUCGGCGACAGGCACCACUUGGGAUCUGAUGGUUGGCCAUCAUAACAUGAUUUGA